UUGUUGAGUACAAAGGUUGGAACAAAGAAAAAUGCUGUCUCACCACAUGACUUCUUAAUGCACAGGAAAAUGCACAAACAUACAUAUGCCGUUUGGAGAAACAACAAUAAGGUUUUGAACAUGAAACUUUUUUGGCUCCUGAUCUGGACUGGAGCAGUUUUUUCAAAUCAAGCCACAACUGUUUGCAUUACUACUUCUCAAACAGUCACUUGUACGGAAUCUGCAAGGAAUUACUCUUCUAUCCCUUCAAACAUCAGUCAAAAUGUCACUCAUUUAAAUCUUAUGAAUAAUAGAAUCACUCUAAAUAAUCAAACCCAAAAGGCUCUUCAAAUAUACAGUAACUUGACAGAACUCUACCUAAAUGACAAUGUCAUUACUGUUCUAUUUAACAACGUUUUCUGCAAUCUGCUAAAUCUCAGAAUUCUAGACAUCAGUCAUAAUAAUAUCAGCACAAUUCUACCAGGUGCAUUUAUAGGCCUCAAUCAAUUAUCCAAGCUCAAUCUGCAACAUAACAAAAUAUUAGAAUUAGAUUCGGAUGUAUUUACACCUCUAAGGAGUCUGACAGUUUUAAAUCUGCACGACAACUUGUUGAAAUAUUUUGACAUAAAAGCCUCAUUUAAAAUGACCACAAUUGCCUUAGCUGGAAAUCCAUGGAACUGUUCCUGUCGCAUGCUCAUUUUACAGAAAUGGUUGAAUGUCUCAAAUGUGACAGUGGAAAAUGAAAACGAAACUCUGUGUGCAUACCCAGAAGCCUGGAAAAAAUCAUCUAUCAAGACAGCACCUAUCCAGACAGCUGGCUGUCAAUUAACAGCAACCACUACUCUUUCCACUUCUUCCACUAAUCCCAAAAGCAUGGUCAUUCUGACAUCAUCUCUGAACUCUACAAGCAAGGUUACAAACAAUGCAACACAUUCAGAUUCACCACCUCUUGGCAAAAGCUGGGCCUUUCUGGUGGGUGUCCUUAUAUUCGUCCUAACCACUACGGUACUAAUUUUUACUGCUGUAAAAUGCCCAACAUGGUACCGUUAUUUGAUCAGCUACAACCAUCGUCGUCUGGAAGAGGAUGAACCAGACAUGUUUGAAGAGGAGUUUGCAGCUGACAUAAGCCAUUUUCCACCCAUAUCAAAUGAUUACAACCAGGAGGAUUCUACAGUAAUAUUUAAACAAAUUCAUACAUUUGUGCCUGAAGAGGAUGGAUUUAUUGAGGACAAAUAUAUAGAUACCAAUGAAUUAGUUGAAGAGAACUAAUGUCUUAUAUGGUGGAUGAUAAUUGGACUUUCAAAAGCAGAUUAUGUAGGAUCAAUCCAUUUAAAAUCUUGUACAUGAAAAUUUCUUGUGUGUAUUACAGACUGAACCAACAGCUCUCACUCUCUCUCAUUUCAUCAAAUGUGGAGGCACAUGUUUUAUAUAAAUCUUAGAGCUAAAAAAAAAUCUGGUGAUGUGAAUGCAUUACCACACUGGCAGAUAUGUGUUAUAUGUCUGAUGCUUGAUUCUGAGUAUUUGAUUAUUAUGGAAAAAUACUAACAGCUAAAUUUUAUCCUCUGCCUUUCAUCAGUAGGUCUUGGAGAACUUAUAACAAAUAUAUCAUUGGCACUGUUUUACAGAUGGAGAAAUUGAGGCAACUCAGAGAGUGGUAACUUACCCAAGGUUUCCAAGUCAGUGGCAGAUCUGGGACAACUCAGAUCUGAGUACCAAUUCAUUAUUUUAUCCAUUAGCUGAGACUAAAACAUUGAUUAGACUACCUAGUAUUCCUAAACUAAAUUUCAUUGUUUUUAUUUGAGUAGAAAACAUGAAGACAUCAUCCCCUCCCAAAUUGUUUAAAUGCAUCUAUAUAUAAUUCAGUGAUAAAUGACCCUUAGCAGAUACCAAAUGCUGGAUCUUAUCCCAGUACUAAGUGGAGCCUUUUUCCCUUAAAAUAUUAUUAAAAUGUGAAAACUCUUGCAAUAGCAUAAAACUGACAUAGCUUUAAACAGCUUAAAAAAAGAAAAAUCACAUUUGUAAAUCUACAGCUUAAUGAAUAUUUUCAACAUUUUCAAAUAUUCUUAAAAUUGAGUUGGAGUUUAAAAAAACAUUUUAUCUAAGAAUUCAUUAAUGGGGAAUUCUAAAAAAGUAUUCUUAUUUCUCAAAAGUGAUUGUAAAUUAAAAUACAGAACAUAUCAGAAUGUUCUGCAUUUUAACCAGUUUUGAUAGAAACUUUUAGGGUCACAAAAAUCUUUGAAGUAUGUAAAAAAAAUAAGACUUCAAAUACUCUUUGCCCUAGCCCAGGAGUGGCAAACUCAUGUGCUGGAUGCUGGCAUGAGGCUGUGGGCCAGAACAAGUCUGCAGACCAAUUCUGCACACUGCAUCCCAUGCACGGGGCUGGUCUGGCGUGGCACUGCAUGUAGUAGGCGCCCUGGACCAGCUCUAUGCACCACAUGCAAUGUGUUCCGGUUUUGGCCCCACAUUCAGCAUGUAUCAGACCAGUUCCAUUUGCCAUGUACAGCACAUAGGGUUGGUUUGGCACACUGCAUGUGGCAUGCUGGUCCAGGCUGAGCCCCACAGACAGUACUGCAGGCCAUAUCUUUAACACCUCUGCCCUAGCCUAUCUUCAGACACACUAGAUUCAUACAUCUAAAAAGAGACUUAGCAUGAGCUGUGAAAACCAAAUGCAUGACCAAAGCUCGUGCUGUAUUUAUAAACCAGUUAGCUGUUAUAUGUACAUUUUGGUGUCUUUGGAACACAAGGAAUAAUUCACUUCUUAGUUUUCCCAGUUUAUGAAGCUAACUGAUAAUAAAAUGUGAUUGUUUUUAGAUGUUU